AGCAAGACCAUCUCGACUGGAGGAGGGGGGCCCCCUCAGCCUCAGCAAGGAGGCGACUUUGGAUCCACAUAAACACAUUCGCAGAUGUCUCUCCAUGCGUUCUGACAGCCUGCCUCCGCCGCAGUCAUCGCACUAAUCAGAGAGCUAGAGAAAAGGACAGAAAGGGCAAAGCAUCACUCCGUCGUGCCUGCUUCUCGCCUACGUCCCUCGUUCAUUAGUCUUUAGUCGUGAGAGGCGUGGAGGGAAAGAGAGUGUGUAUGUGUGUGUAUGCCAGAAGAGGACAGCAGGAAAAUACGCCGGCAGCUUCUGUGCUCAAGCAGCAAAAUUGUUGAAUCCUGCUUUCUUCAAUGCUCGACUCUGAACGUUCGCAGCAGGAGAGUGAUAAAGACAUGAUUAGAAUGCAGUCUGAAAUUUGAAAGGAAACAAAGGAGGCAGAGAAAACAAGCUGGCAAGAGAGAAGAUGGUUUGAAUGAAUGAAGUAGCAUGGGCUGGGAAUAGAUCUGCCUGAGCAAGCCGCCUGCUCUGAGGACGUGACUGGACACGUGGUGUGUAUCCCCACGACUCCCGGGGAUCUAUGAUCACUUUCAUCCCCCUUUUUUACUCCUCUGUAAGGAUGUGUUAGGAUUAAGCCUUGGGAUUACCAAGAGUGUGCGCAGCUAGUGCAGGAGGAGGAACACGCCGUCGAUCGUUCUCUUCUCUGCUGUAUAAGAUGACCUGGGCGGCGAUGGCCCGGUGCAGGAUCUCUAAUAAGCGGCUUUUGCAGCUGCACAUCCAACACACAUCUGUCCGUUGCUUAUAACCACGGGUAAUGACCAGGCACAGAAUCAACCCUGGAGAUGCCGAAGAGAAGAGACAUUCUUGCUAUCGUGUUAAUCGUGUUACCUUGGACUCUGCUCAUCACUGUGUGGCACCAGAGUGCCAUCGCCCCCCUGCUCGCUAUCCGAAAGGCUUGUCACCAUCUAGUUAAAGAGAUCUUUAUCAUACCCGAGCGGCUAAUGGUCCAACGGCACCGCCUGUCAGAUGAUGGCACUGGAGAAGGCAGGCACGAUGCAGGAAGCCAAACAGGCGACUCGAAGGAGUUCUGCUCCUCUGAUAAGGACAUAGUAGAAGUGGUGCGCACCGAGUACGUGUACACACGGCCACCUCCGUGGUCUGACUCCCUGCCUACCAUCCACGUCAUCACACCGACCUACAGCCGGCCGGUGCAAAAGGCUGAGCUCACUCGGCUCGCCAACACUUUCCUGCACGUCCCCAACUUGCACUGGAUCCUGGUGGAAGAUGCACAGAGGAGGACACUGCUGGUCACCCGUCUGCUGAGGGAGACGGGCCUCAACUACACGCAUCUGAACGUUGAGACGCCUCGUAACUAUAAGCUGCGAGGGGAUGCCCGAGAUCCCAGGAUCCCUCGGGGAACCAUGCAGAGGAACCUGGCUCUUCGGUGGCUAAGGGAGACCUUCAGCCCCAAUAGCACUCAGUCAGGCAUCGUCUACUUUGCUGAUGAUGAUAACACCUAUAGCCUGGAACUCUUUGAAGAGAUGCGCUCCACACGCAAGGUGUCUGUUUGGCCUGUUGCAUUUGUCGGCGGAUUGCGCUACGAGUCCCCCAAAGUAAACGCUGCUGGCAAAGUCUAUGGCUGGAAAACAGUGUUUGAUCCUCACCGGCCUUUUGCCAUAGACAUGGCAGGAUUCGCCAUCAACCUGCGGCUCAUCCUAUUUAAACCACAAGCCUAUUUCAAACUGCGGGGGGUCAAGGGGGGCUACCAGGAGAGCAGUCUGCUUCGAGAACUUGUCACUCUCAAUGACCUGGAACCGAAAGCUGCUAAUUGCACUAAGAUCCUCGUGUGGCACACAAGAACAGAAAAACCUGUCCUGGUGAACGAGGGCAAAAAAGGCUUCACAGACCCAAAUGUGGAAAUCUGACAUCCUCUUCAAAAAAGGCAUUUGGAUCAUUCAAGUCCAUCCAGGAACAAAGAAGCAGCAACUCUGAACCUAAACUUCAGACAUGACUUCUUGUUCCUGUUAACUCCAGCAAAUUAACCUGACUACCACAAUUGUAUCUUUCAAAGCACAGAUCAGUUCAACAAGGCAAUAUCUCUUGGUAUUUUGUAUGUAAAGCUGUUGCAAAGACAGAAUGUGAAACGACGGACAGGCAUCUGUUCUUAAGACACACACACACACACACACACACACACACACACACACACACACACACACACACACACAAGUGAUGUAAGGUCCUUAAUUCUUCCAA